AUGGAGGCCGUGCUCUGCCUGAACCUCCGGGACUACCUCCUGGUGAUCCUGUGGGUGCGGGAGUUCCGCCAUGCACCAAACCUGACCUUCCUCCAGGACUUCAUGCUGGACGACCUCAAGGUGACUCUACUCAGCCUCCGAGAUGUGAUCGCCAACAGGAAGGUCACAACGGUCAGCAUCCUUUUUCGACUUCAUGUCCUUUUCCAGCCUGGAGGAGGUGCCGAACGAACUACACUGUUGAAGUGUUUGACGGAAGUGAAAACAUCCAACAACAUCCAGGACCUCUUGGUGACUACAAGGACCUGGCGACGAUGGCUCCAGCGAGCAGAAGAGCUUCGUUUGACCCUGCCUGACCCGUUGAUUCUCAUGCAGGUGUUGGGGCGCAUCAUGGACUCCCUGUCGAAAUUGGGAGGAAGUCAAGUGGCCUACCGGGUGUCUUCGGUGAGGCAAGAAUUGCUGGUGGAUCUGAGGCCCGAACUUCAGUCCAUCAAAGAUCUCAGUGAAUACUUGCAGGCGGAGAUGGAGGACCUGUCGCUUAUGAUUGAGCUCGAGGAUCGGGGGGAGGUGGCACUUUCUGAGGAGGACCGGCAGUGGUGGCAGAAGCAUUUUCCUGAACUACCACAUCCUGUUCUUCAACACAUGGCUGGACAAAGCCAAGAUCCAACUACAACGCCCUGGAACCGGAGAAUUCGGAGGGCACACCUCACUGGAAAGGGGGUCAUUGUACACCUAUUCAGUGGUCCUGAUGUGAAGAAGUGGAAUUGUGUUGGCGGAGGAGCAUACUCUUGGCUGUGCAUUGACACGGAGAUCAACUCCUCGUUGAACCUGCGCAACCCGGCCGUUUGGGGCUAUUUGUGGAAGCUGGCGUCUUUGGGACGCAUCGUUGCAAUUGUUGGAGGUCCUCCUUGCAGGACUGUGAGUCGCCUUCGAAACCGGUCACCACCAGGACCUCGUCGCCUUCGUGGUCGAGGAGAAGAUCGCUGGUGCCUCAAUGACCUCUCGGAGGAGGAACUUCGCCUGGUUCAUGGCGAUACAGCUUUGUGCAUGAAGCACAUGGGUCUAUGGAUCCGAGCUCAAGAAUGCCGCAGAACAUCGACGAAUGUUGGCAUGCUGUUGGAAUCACCGCGAGAUCCUGCUGAAUAUCUUGCUGGUGAAGAAGGUGGGCAAAGCGCUUCUUUCUGGUGCUUCCCGGAGCUGAUGGCUUGGGUUGGAACUGCUGGCCUUCGCUUGGUCACUUUCGAUCAAGGAAAGCUGGGCGAUGGUUGUGAUGACAGACCACUCCCGUCGAACCUCGGUGACCGCAUUCGCACUUCGAAGACCUGGGCAGCAUGGGCACCAGGCCUUGUGGGAGCGAUUCAAGAAGCUUUGAGGAGGUUGCUGGGCGUUUUGGAGGAGGAAAAGGGGGCUGGAGGUGGUCACCAUGUCUCCAAAAUGGACCUUGCAGCUUGGCAUCGACACAUCAAACAGGGUCACAUCCCCUUUCGUGCUGACUGCCGCAUUUGUGGGGAAGCUAUGGGCUGCGACAAACCACACAAGAGGCUUGGGGGGAGCGCCACGAAGUUCACUAUGUCAGCCGACCUUUGUGGACCGUUUCCUGAAGGGAAAGAUUUGGGCACAGGAGUCAUUUGCAAGUACGCACUGGUCUCAACUGUGGCCGUCCCCAUCAUCUCUGAGCUUCCAGGUGAGGUUACUGAGCCAUGCGACACCGCCAAGGAUGUGGAGCACACGGAGGAGAUUCCCUGCGAGCCAGAAGACCGUGACCUAGUCCCUGAAGAUGAAGUCCGGAGGCUCAAUGAAAUGGCUGAGAUUGAGAAGUCUCAAGAACCGCAAGGACAUCAAAAUGUCACUCUGGCUGAAGUGAUUCCUGAUCGCACGGUGGAGUCACUGGUCCGUCAGCUCUCUACGCCAUACCGAACUAUGCAACUCCUUGGUCCCUUCCCAUACAUGUCGCAUGGCUGGAUUGUCCGGGACAAGAAGGGCCAAUUGUUGCACGUGCGCACUGCACUUGAACCAUCGCCGGUAGCCGAUCAGGCGAUCAUGGAACUCCAAGAGGUGCCUGCCGUGAAGCAUCGCAUCGCUGGAAAACACCCACCUCCACUACCUGACCAUCCCUUGGCUGGCCGCGUGGGAGCGCUCUAUGAGGAGUCGGUUCCAGCUCUAGCAACUUGCAGAGCUGGGGGGGAGGACUCUUUGGAUUCUUUGGACUGGUCUUCAUCGUUGGAUGUUGGCAAGUCGCUUUCUGUCAGGCUUGAGCCACAGGGGGAGUUGGAGGAGGUGAAUGGUGGCCACAAACUACAUGAUAAAGUUGAACCUGGUGAUGAACUUUUGCACCGUGACCUUCAGGGGGAGGUCGAAGAUCCACUGCUGUGUGAUUGGCAGCAGGUGGAAAAGUGGCAUGAGCUUGAACAACAACGACACUGGGCGCUCAAACAGCUUUGGUGUCAAGGCCUUCGUGAAGUUGCAGUUGGUGAGAACUCCGGCAGUGUCCAUGGCAGCUGGCUUCAUGAAGUUGAACUACUCCUCAAGGGUGCUGAAGAUCAACUGUCGUUUCAGCACUCUGCAAUCGAGAACUUCAAGCUGUCGGCAUUGGCUCCAUCAAUGGGAACCCCAGAUGCUCCAGCAACAGUGCUUCAGACCUAUACGGUCUCACUACAGCAAGUUCGCAGGGAAUUGGAAAAAUGGAAACCUCCUCUGCGUGAUGAAUAUGGACAGCUGGUGUCCUCAACUCAGGCAAUCAAGCCUACUACAGAGGAAAAGUUGCGCCUGGAUCCAAGAUUUCCCACUAUGGAGCUGGCUCCAGCGAUGCUUGUUCCUACAGUCAAAAGUCCUCAUGGACGUCUUCGAGCUCGGGUGGUCAUUUGUGGAAACCAUCUCACCAAGGUCAAUGAAGAGAGCAACAACUCUGCAGGUGAGACACAGCCCAAGGACUCAAACCCGUUCUCGCUCUAUGCAGGUGGAGCAGAUGGAACUACGUUGCGCUGCUUGAUGAAAUGUGCGGCUGAAAACUCGUGGUCAGUCGGCACGGUGGACGUCAAAACAGCCUUCCUUCUUGCACCACGACCUGACGAACAAGAACGUCUGCUAGUCGCUCGUCCACCAAAGGUGUUAAUUGAAGCUGGAAUUUGCGACGCUGCGGAACUUUGGGAGAUCUCGCAUGCCGUCUACGGGCUGAACGAUGCUCCAGCAAAUUGGUCGCAGUACCGUGACCGUGAACUACCUCAACUGCGCUUCUCGGCAGGAGGUCAUGACUACCAACUGGUGUCCACACCGGAGCCAAACCUUUGGAAGCUGAUCAAAACCGACCCUGGUGCUCUUCCGCAGGAGGACAACUCUGAAGGCUUCCUCGCUGUGUACGUUGAUGACAUGCUUGUUGCUGCACCAGGUCCCUUGGCAAAGUCGGUGAUCGAUGGGAUUAGGGCUCAUUGGCGGUGUUCGGAACCAGAGUGGGCAACGGCAGAAAAGGCCAUCAAGUUUUGUGGCUUUGAGAUCAGCUGCAGCGACGAUGCGGUGAUCCUCAACCAGGCCUCAUACACUCGAGAUCUUUUAUCUCGCCAUGAAGGAAUCAAACCACGUCAAACGCCUCUUCCUUUGGGAGUUCAAGAUGAAGUUGAAGCUGAUGUGCAAAUCUCUCAAGUCCGACGAGCUCAAGCUUUGGUCGGAGAACUUCUUUGGUUGAGUGGCCGCACAAGACCAGAUCUUUGCUACGGUGUCUCCAUCAUGGGACGUUUGGUGACGAAGGCACCGACCAAGGUUCUGGAGUGGGGUGCUCACAUGUUGGGCUACUUGCAGCAUACAGUGGACUAUGAGCUUCGCUACACCAAGCAGGUGGUUGAGUCGUGCAUCGCUGUCCAAGUCAAGCUUGAUGGCUAUUCUGGGCGGCAUCAUUGGCAUGGCGGCAUGGAACCCUUCGCAGGAAAGUCACAAGGUCCACCUCCGGUUGAUGACACGCUGGAACCACCCCAACGAAGGGCGACUUUGGAUUCCGUGGCAGAGAACUCCACUGGCACUCCAUCGUCUGAACAGGUGGAAUUUCCGACGGCCAAUGUGACCUGGGUGAGAACUGAAGUGCAUUCGGUGAGGAGGACUUCAUCGUCAUCGUCCUCUGCACCUUCACAGACCUCUCCCAGCACAAGGUCCAGUGCGACUGGAUCUACGGCAGCGGCUCGGGGCUCAGACGCCAUUGAUGCUGGCGUGACCCUUGGCUACAUGGGGCGACUUGGCGGCUACCUCUCUCGCGGGGAGAACCUGCGAUCUGGGCCGGCGUCGAGCGCCACAGAAAGUGAAAGUGAAAGGGAAGAUUGGAGGAGGAAUUUAGAUGUGAGCUCAACCAGCUCAGUUCAGGGGCACGAAACGACACUACCUCCUGGACUUCCUCCUCUACACGAACACUUGGAUGAGGUUCCGCAAUGGAUGGGCAUUGUGAGCCAACUCCCAGUGAGGCCGCGUGGUGUGCCGGGUCAAAGUGACCAUUUGAGGGAUCCUGAUUCGGAUUCUGACGGCAGUUAUGAAGUUUGUGGUUGA